AUGGAGACCAACAAUAGCGGCCCGGCUAAUACAAAGUCAACACUGACAGUGAGUGAUAGUGACGUUGUUGCUGCUGCUGUUAUUGUAGCAAAACACCACAGCAACACUGGGGCGACUGAACAGCCACUGGCAACAAGUGUGAUGUUUGACUCAAACACUAUCCGUUAUCCACUGCCCAAACAUUAUACAAACUCAGCCGUUAACAAAACCCUUGAACGACAUCCCAAAACGGCACAUGGACUGGAAAAGUUGGGCAGCGCUGCAACUGAACAGACUGGGCAGAGCGGUUCCGGUGUUGAGGUUUCAACCACCAUCGAAAACACUGGUGAUAAGACAGCAAACCACCCGAUUUUUCAGAACCAGCCACAACAGCAAUUGAGCAGUUCAAACGCUUCGCAGUUGACCAUCACCACCAACGGCUCCAAAAAGAACUCUCCCAAAAACAGCUACCACCACCAGCAGAACAUUUCAUGCAAUGACAAAUUCCCAAGUGCUCAAAAGCUGAAAAAGCAUCAGGAAAACGAAAAACACUCCUUAGACACAGUGAAAAGCACCGUCUUUGAUGUUGCACAGGAGUUUGAAUCCCUAAUGACCGAUUUAAAGGAGGUUGAAAAAAGUGUUCGAAGCAAACCGCGAGAACGUAUUCUCUAUUUUUGCUGCCCGGAAUGUCCACACCUUUCACCAGACAAGCAAAGCUACUCGGAGCACCAAAAAAAGCAUCUGCAGGACCAGAAACAGGCGUUGCAAGUGAAGGCCGCUCAAGAGCAGGCAAAAAAUUUGCAACUUGAUCAACUUCAAUUGCAUCAAAUGGAUGAGGGCAAUGGUGGCAAUAACUCCAGCAAAACCCGUGAAAAUAACCAAAGUGACGAUGGCUUUGUAGUUGAAAGUCAAAAAUCUGACCAGGAAAUGGAAAUGGCCACUGCACAAAAGACGAAAAACCAGCCAAUUUGCAUUGUUUCCAAUGUCAUGUUUCCGUGUCCACAAUGCAGCCUGGUUUUUACAGAUUCAAAAAUCUGCAAAAUGCACAUUUUUAAUCACAAAAAUCUUCAAAUCACUCCAAAAUGCACCGAAGAACGUCCCUACUUUUGCAGUCCUUGUAAAAUGACUUUCAACAGCAGUUCAAGCUUCUACCUUCACCAACGAUCGGUUAAACACCUUAAAAUGAUUAGCAAAUGA